AUGGAAUCUCUACAAAGGACAAAACUUGUUGUUUUCAGCGCCAAGCAGUAUGACCGUUUUUACUUUGACAUAGCGGCCUCCAAACCCCACGGAACACUUUGUGACAUUGAGUAUCUAGAUUUUGCUUUGUCUUCAGAAACAGCUUCAUUGGCGCGGGGUUAUGAUGCUGUAUGCAUCUUUGUCAACGAUACGCUUGGCAAGGAUACUUUGACGAUAUUGCACGCCAAUGGAGUCCGUGCUAUUCUUCUCCGGUGUGCCGGUUUCAACCACGUCGACCUCGUCGCUGCCGGGGAAUUGGGCUUGUUCGUUGCUCAUGUUCCAGCUUAUUCACCUGAAGCUGUUGCCGAAUUUGUCAUUGCAUUAGUUCAGACUUUGAAUCGUAAGACCCAUCGCGCCUUCAACAGGGUUCGCGAAGCCAACUUCAACAUCGAGGGCCUCAUAGGAAAAAAGCUUAAUGGAAAAACCGUCGGGAUCGUUGGCGUUGGCCGAAUUGGUCUAGCAACUGCCCGCAUCUUCAGUGGAUUUGGUUGCAAGAUGCUAGCAUACGAUGUUUAUGAAAAUCCUGAUUUCGCGCGGUACGGUCAAUUUGUUGGUCUUGAGCGACUGUUGGCAGAAUCCGAUAUCGUCAGCCUUCAUUGUCCGCUAACUGAUUCCACGCGGCAUUUGAUCAACCCGGAGAUGCUUUCUAUUAUGAAACCGGGGGCUUUAUUGGUCAACACAUCACGCGGCGGUCUGAUCGACUCUACGGCAGUUCUCGGGUCUCUCAAGUCACAUCAUCUCGGUGGACUAGCACUGGAUGUAUAUGAGGCCGAGAGGGGUUUAUUCUACAAAGACCACUCGGGAACGAUCAUCGAUGACGACGUUUUGAUGCGAUUGUUGACCUUUCCAAAUGUCCUCAUUUGCAGCCACCAGGGCUUCUUUACUGAAGACGCACUUACCGAAAUCGCCAAUGUCACUUUUGCAAAUCUACGUGACUUUGUUGAACGUCGUCCGUGUCCCAGAUCCCUUGUAGCGGGCAGGCAAACUGAUAGCUCGGUGAAAGUCGAGCCUGUACGUUUGUAA